AUGAUUUCAUUCAGAAUUUGUCGACCAUUUUUGACUACUUCUUUUGUAAAGGAAAGUAGGUAAGUUAAAUUAAAUCCAUGAACUAAGAUUAAAUCUACUAUUUUAUUAUAAUUUUUCUUUGUAAUAUGUUAUGAAUUAUGAUUAAAAUUUCUACGUACAAUAUUUUAAAUAAUAUGUGAAAUUCAAUUUUCUUGGCACAUCAAUACUUAAUAAUGUAACAUCUCAGUUGUCAAAAUUUUGAUUUAAGAUUUAUCAGACUCUCAUUCAUUAUCCAAGUUUAGAGAAAUUUAGGGAAAAAACAUUGAAUGAAAGAAAAGAAUUAAUAAAGCACAGAAAAAAACAAUAAUAAUAUAAAACAUCAAAAGUACCUAUCUAUCAUAUACGUACAGUUAAACCUUAUAAUAUACCCCCUAUAAGACGGAAAUAUCCUUAAAACAGAAAAUAACAACAGUUCAGGAUAACCUAUGUUCCAUAUAUUUUAGUCUCCUUAUAAUGGAAACUCCAUAACUGAAAAAUCAGGUACUAGGCGAUUUCAUUAUAAGGUGGUUUUACUGUAUAAAGUAUUAUGUGAUCCUUUUAUAUUAAACAUGUUUAUAUAAUGCACUAUAUUUAAUAUGCUUUUAAUAAGAUAGAAAAUAAAUAGUAUUAAUGUAUGUAUCUCUAGUAUUUUCUGAUUUAAUCAAAGGUAGGUAUUGGAUUUUAUUUUUAUUAAUUAUACUUAUCUAUAUCUACGUUAAAAAUACACUUCAUCUCAUACAGUGUAUUGUGAAUUGUAUUAGCCAUAUCUUUUUAAAUUUAAUUCAAAAUUAAUUAAAUUUGUUUACUGGUUUUAUUGUUUAUUCAAAACAUUCAUCAUAUAAAUUAAGCAGUAAAAAAUUAAUAUUGUUAUUGUAUUAUUGUUUUAUAUUAAAAUUGUAGUUUAUAAUUUGUAUAGUUUAAUCAUAGUCAUAUUACUAAUUACUACAAUACAUCAACUAAAUAACUGUAGUUAAUAGAAAAUAACUGUUCACCCUGAAAUUGUAAUAGGUAAUAAGAAAAAAAACUCUGCAGGUACAAACAGAAACUAAACAUUAAAGAAAAUGGAAAUUUAGAUUUAAAAUGGAUAUUUAGUAUUUACAUACUAUAACAACUUUUUAAAUUGGUACAUUACAUUUUUUGAUACACCUUUUUAGUUAAAUAGUAUGAUUUUAAGUAAUCAAGAUACCCAUUGAACAAUCCCAUCAGGUUUUUUUUUUGAAGAUAUCUAAUAUUACUUGCAGAAAAUUUACUUUAUUCUUAUAUACUAAAGUUUUUUAAAUAAAUAUUUUGAACAUUGAGUGAUUAUUUCACAAAAGGAAAUUCUUGGUUUGAGUAUUUCAGGAGGAAAAAGAAGAAAUACUUUGCUAUAGAAGAUAUAAGUGUUAUAUUGAUUAAUUUGAAAAUAUUUUGCAUUGUUUGUUUGUAAACAAAAAUGUAAAAGUAUUUCUUACCCAACUUCAAAAAUCAUAAUUAUUAAUUCUAAACUCAAAAUGUAAAUUAAUAUUAUGUAGGAUAAAUGCUUUAAUGGGCUAUAGUCUUCGUCAUAAAGUAUCAGAUGCUGUUGACAAUUUAGAAGAUCCAUCAAAGGAAAUCAAGGAAAAAAUUGAUAUUGAAGCUCUUGUAAAGAAAAAUGAACAAUUACAAGAGGAAAAUCUAAAUUUAACUGUAAAUUUGUAUAUUUUUUAUAAUGAAACUUAAUUAAUAAAUAUUGAAUGUUAACCUAUUUUUGUUAGAAUAAAGUUAUGAGGUAUUUAGCUGAAACAGAAAAUAUUCGUAAACGUACUAUUAAAGAAACUGCUGAUGCUAAAAUUUAUGCAAUUCAAGGAUUUUGCAAAGAUUUACUUGAUGUAAGAAUAGACAUUUAAUUUGAUUAUAUCAAUAUUAUAGCUAUAGUAAAGUUAAAUUAUUUUGUUUAGGUUGCCGACAGUUUAGGUAAAGCUACUGAGUGUGUACCAAAAGAAGAAGUAAGUGAUAGUAAUCCACAUUUAAAACACUUAUAUGAAGGCUUGGUAACUACUGAGUCACAAUUACAAACUGUAAGUACAAAAUGUUCUAUUAACUUUUAAUAUUAUAUUAUCACAUUAAUUACAACUAUAGUAAAGACUUGGUAGAUAUUUAUUUUUUGCUUAAGUUGUCACUGAUCUGAAUCAAAAAUUAAUUUGUUUAAUAUAUAUGACAUAUAUUUAGUUUAAUUAUUAAGCUCCUUUAAAAAAUGAGGUAACAUUUGGUCAAUUAGUAUUAAGUUCACCUCUCAACUAGAUAAUUCUAUGUUAUUUAGAUCUUGGAGAUCUGUAUUGAUACUCAUAGAUGUAGAUCAGUGGUCACCACUAGGAUUCUGAAAAUGGCCACAUAUAAUAGUUGAAAAUUACUAACGGGCCACAUUCAAUAAAUCAAUAUACAUUUUUUUUGCAAUGUUAACCUUAAAAAAAAUUUCUUUAGCGUAUUUUUUUUUAUUAAAUAAAUUCUUACUCGUACCUAAUUAUCUGCCAAAUUGGUAAUUCAGUUAAAGUUAAGCAGAUAAAAUAAACAAGAAUAAUAAAAUUAAAAUAAAAAGGUAUAAUUGCAUGUAUUUUAUUUACUCUUUAAAAGUGUAGAAUGUACAAUUCAGUUUUAGAUGUUUUAAUACGGGUCUCGUAAAAUUUGUUAAAGGGCAGCAUAGUAGUGGGGCUACUGAUCUAGAUGACCCAAGGGAGCUAGUUGAAAGAACUAAUAUAUCCAAGAGGGUCUAGUUUACCAUGAGAAUCUUAAUCUAUUAAAUCUCAUUGACAACAAGCUCUCCUGGGAUCAACUAAUUCUCCGUUGUGAUUCCCCGGUAAAGUAGAUUUUGGUGGCUUGAGAAAGAGCUUUUAAUUUUUCAUAUUUUUACUAAUUUUAAAUACUUGUUUUAGAUUUUUCAAAGACAUGGUUUAUUUGCUAUAAAUCCUUUAAAUGAAAAGUUUGAUCCAAACUCUCAUAAAGCUUUAUUUGAACAGGUAUUUAACAUAUAUUGUAACAUAUAUUUCAAUUUAGUUGUAAAAUAUAAUGUUAAACAUAAUAAUUAAUUUUUUUUUUUUCUAGGUGGUAGAAGGUAAAGAAGGAGGUAUUGUGGUUGUUGUGUCUCAAAUUGGAUACAAACUGCAUGAUCGUAUUGUUAGAGCAGCUGCUGUUGGAAUUAGCAAAGACCCAAAUUAA